AUGCCUCGAAAAGUUAUUAUUCACUAUACUGCACUGCGGUCAUGCUUGGUGAAUUUGCCGAUUAGCAUGUAUGGACCUCUAUUAAGGAAUGAGGUGCGCCCACAGAGCUUGGCCAUACACCUUCUUAAACCUGGCCCUUCAAAAUCUGAUUCGAGGUGGGCUUAUGUUGGAUGGAGUGGUUUGGUAUCAUCUUCGUCUCUGGCGCAAUUUAGCCAGGCGAAGUCCAGGCAGGACGGUUCUCUCGAGUCUGUUGAGAUAGAUCCUCAGUUUGCUGCUGCACUGGGGUUCGCGGAAGGGGAUGUUGCUGAAAUAGGGCUUUUGUAUGACCUUCCCGUUGCGAAGUCUAUCAGCGCCGAGCCUCUGACUGCCGAUGAUUGGGAAAUUCUCGAAUUGCAUGCAGGCUACGUAGAAGACAACUUACUCAGCCAAGUCCGGGUUGCCUGCAUUAACCAAGAGAUCGACGUCUGGGUACUGGGCCGGACGCGCGUCCGUUUUCGGGUAGUCUCUACCGAUCCCUCCGACCACCAAAAUGCAGUGCUGCUAUCUACGAAUACAGAAGUCUCGAUCGCACCCAAGCCGCGGCACCCGGCGAAGGGGAGGAGCAAUGACAAGAAGGACAAAAAAGGAGCCUCAGAUGACCAGAAGAAGCUUGAUUCAGAGGAAAAGGCUCCCACCAUGUCUCCAAAACUGCAGCCUUUUGUUCUUCGUGUUUUACCCAGACAAUUAGUCGUAUUCCCAGAAGGGGGGGUGCCUUCAGAGCCGACUGUUUACGUCUCCCCCACCACCCUUGGCCAAAUAGUCAAUAGUUCCUUACCUAUCCCCCCUGAAAGCGGAAAUUCCUAUUAUGCAUCUGUUCGGCGUCUGACCCCUCCUUCCGCUGCCGGAAUAUCAUCGACGAAUGACGCCGCGAAUUCUGCAGCACCUCCACCUGUGCCCCAGGAGCGCAUUUUACGGCCAACAGGCUCAAAGGAGGCCGCCUCAUCUGCAGUCGUGCCGGAUGGCCCAAAACUUGACGAACGUGUGUUGUUUCGAAGUGUUGGCGGAAUACCAGAAAGGCAUAUGGUCCGCGGAAUGUCUCUGGGCGGACUAUAUUCUGACUGGGACCUUGUGUCGGUACAACGCUCGUCAAUAGAGCGCCGAAAGCACGGACUAUUAGAAACAACCUCCUCAUUGCGCGAGAUUAAAAUCACGGAGUCAUUUAAGACGUCGAGCCUGGCUGGCGUGGAUGGCGUUUUGGAUCAGAUAGUCAAUUUCAUCGUUCGCAGCUUUGCACUACAGGGCCGUUCGAUCGCAGGAUUCGGGUCUGCUGUGUGCGGAGUCACUGGCAUCUUGCUUUGCGGUGCUCCCGGGUCUGGGCGUACUUCUGUGGCUAAAGCGGCUGUGAAACGAUUAAGUGGGGACCCUAGAGUAUUCGCGCGUACGAGUUUCCUUAACUAUUUGGUCCUUUUCUCAACUGCUCUGAUAGAUCAUAUAUACGUCGAUAUGGCUAAGCUUGCGGACGAGCGAGCAGCAACUCUCAAAGCGCUGUUUGAUAAAUGGAUAGACACCGCCUCGUGGCACAAGCCCAGUGUCCUCGUACUUGAUAACUUGGAUCGUGUCGUAAAUCCGGAGGUCGAGCACGCAGAUUCAACUCGGCAGCGGCAGCUAGCAGAGCACUUUCUGUCUUCGUUCGCUUCGCCUCGUGCUGCAAGUGGGGUGGUUCUACUUGCAACAUGCCAGAACCAGUCGACCCUGCACUCUCUUUUAUCAACUUCCCAUAUUUUUUUGGAGCGCGUCAACCUGAGGGCUCCAAAUAAAGACUCUCGAAAAGAUAUCAUCGCUCAACUCGUUGAGAAGCAGUCUGCACUGUCCGACCUCAGCCUGGAUCCAUCUCAGCCUCUUAACUAUGUAGCAUUGGCCACAGAAACGGAAGGAUACUCGGCAACUGACUUGCGCGACUUGGUUUCACGGGCUAUUCAUCAAGCUGCCAUUCGAUCGUUGUCGCUCCCGAAGACUACCACGAUUCGCCUAACAAGUGCUGAUUUCGCGAGCGCUCAAGUUGGCUUCACUCCCCUGUCUCUCCGUGAUGUAAAGUUGCAGAGGUCAGAGGUAGAAUGGUCAGACAUUGGAGGGUUACAUGAGAUAAGAAGAGUGCUCCGGGAAACGCUAGAAUGGCCUACGAAGUACGGCGCGAUAUUCGCGAAAUGUCCCAUUCGGUUGCGAUCUGGGCAAGUCACCAGAACCAAACUUCGCUUCUACGUUCAUUCAUCUCAUCUCUAUUUUGCUAAAGAGUGUGGCCUCAAUUUCAUCAGUGUAAAGGGUCCUGAACUACUGAAUAAGUAUAUCGGAGCGAGUGAAAAAUCGGUACGAGAGCUAUUCGAUCGAGCAACGGCUGCAAAGCCAUGCGUACUAUUUUUUGAUGAAUUCGAUUCCAUUGCGCCGAAACGAGGGCAUGACAGCACUGGUGUCACAGACCGUGUUGUAAACCAGAUGCUCACUCAGAUGGAUGGGGCAGAAGGGUUAGAUGGUGUAUAUGUGCUCGCUGCAACAAGCCGACCUGACCUAAUCGAUGCUGCUCUGCUGCGGCCUGGCCGUCUGGACAAAUCCCUUCUUUGUGAUAUGCCUGAUGCCCUGGAGCGUGCGGAAAUUAUUGGCGCUUUGAGACGGAAGGUUACAUUAGCAGAGGAUGUCAAUGUCGAGGAGUUUGCCCGACUGACGGAGAAUUACUCAGGGGCGGACCUCCAGGCUCUGGUUUACAAUGCACACCUUCACGCUGUCCAUGAAUCAAUCAGUGCGGCAGAGUCAAGUCGUGUAACCACCGCCAGCUCCGAAUCUGCGCAAUCAGUAUCGUUUACGACCUUUGGCGGGCCAAGGAGUCAGAUCGUACUUUCGAGUGCCGAGCAAUCUGUUCAGCAAAGACGUAUUGAGACGAUCGUUUCAUCUUUGGGCAAGAAGCCAAUCAACAAACAUAUCGCUGGACAGCCUAGGAGGAGCAAGCCCAUCGUCACAAAUGAGCACUUGCACCAAUCACUGGCCUCCACUCACCCUUCGAUUUCGCCCGAGGAGAAGGCGAGAUUGGCCUUCAUAUAUCGGUCGUUCGUAUCUGAUCGGAGUGGUGACCUACCGGUCCCUCCAAGCUCGGCAGAGGUUGGCAGUAGAGCAAGUCUGGGCUAA